AUGGCUGAAAACCACACUUACUGUUCUUUCUUGAAGAAAUUGUCAAUUUUCCUGAAUGGCUUCAUAGCUAUGUCUGGCGUGGCCCUCAUUGGCCUGGGUAUCUAUGUCAAGUUCAAAGGGGCUGCGCUCACAGGAGUCCUAGGGCUGUCCCCUACAAACCUGCUCCACGUGGCCCACCUGUGUCUGGUGCUGGGCUGCAGCUCAGUGUUGCUUGGCUUCAUCGGGUGGUACGGGACGAUCAAGGAAAGCACGUGCAUUCUCUUGUUUGUUCAACAACAGACCCUGGAACACAACUCUGUGGCCCUGAAGAAGAGUUACAGAGGUUACAAUGAGCCAGAUGACUAUUCCAUGGACUGGAACUUGGUUAUGGAAAAGCUGAAGUGCUGUGGGGUGAAGAACUACACAGAUUUCUCUGGCUCCUCCUUUGAAAUGAGGACCGGCUACGCCUACCCCAGGAGCUGCUGCAAACCCAUCGGGGCCGCAGCCUGCAACGGGCGCGACGUGUCUGCAGACGUCAUCUACCAGGAGGGCUGUUUUCCCAUGCUCCUGAAAAUAACUGAGACUCAGAGCUUCCGCCUGAGUUGGGGCUCGCUGGGGGCAGCAGUGGUACAGCUGCCAGGGAUUCUUACCACCUUGUUGCUGUUUGUGGAGCUGGGGUGA